AUGGAGAAAAUAAAGAAAAAGCCACAAAGUGGAUCACUUGAGGAUUUAAUAAAAAAAAAGAAAGAAAAUAAAUCACAUGGACUAUUUUCUCUUUUAUUUGGAAGUCAUUCAAAACCAAGUUCACCAGUGAUUUGUCAUGUUAAAACAAAUGAGUUUCAUAGCCAACAAACAAUAACAAAAGUUAAAGGAGAAAGUUUACAUUAUCCAAAAGCGCAAACAAUCAGUACGAUUAAAUACGAAAAAGAAGUACAAAUUAUUGAAGAAACAACACAACUAACAAAAGAUCAUUUAAAAGAGCGAUAUUAUGAUUAUUUAAAGACAUUAAAUGAAGAAGAAAUACUCAAAUUAAUUCGUGAUUUUCCUAUGAGAUUAACAGAAAAAGAAAGAGGAUAUUUAGAUGUAUUAGAAGCGGCAUUAGGUGUUAGUGAAUAUACAAAUAAUGUUGACAUUGCUAAAUCUGAUUAUGAAUAUUAUGGAUAUUAUUGUGGAAAAAGAGAUAUUAGUGUUAAUGAAAUAAAAAAAGAAGAAUUAAUAAUAAAAGAACAUAAUGAAUUUAAAAAUACAUUAAUUGGAUUAUUAAUUACCAAUAAUUUAAAAGAAGGAUUAAAAAUAUUAAAAGAUAAAACAUUAAAAGAAGUAUUUAUGCAAGAUUGCUUUGAAGUUGGAAGAAGAUAUAAAACAGCAAAUCCAUCUAUGAUGAGAGAAACGUAUCAAAAAAUGAUGCACAUUUUACAAGAUGCUAUAAAUUAUAAUCCCAAAUUUAUUGGUAAAGAAUUUGUAAAGAAUAAAAAAUGGAAACCAAUUUAUACUGUUGAAAUGGGAAUGAAAGAAUGUAAUUUGAAUAUAAAUAGUAUUAUGAAAUGUAUUAAACUUAGAGAUGAAGGAUUAACAUUAGAAGAAAUUGAAAAACAAUAUGGAGAACAUGGCCUUCGUAUUAUAUACUCAAUUAGAGAUGGAAUUGAAGCAUCAGCAAAAACUUGUGGAGUUGUUUUUGGUAUGUUAAAACAAUUAGAACGAUUUAGAGAUCAAGAGAAUACGACUCUUUCAUUAGCAAUUUAUUUUGGAAAGGAUGGAUCAAGAUUAACACAAAGUCAUUCUGAACACUUUUUAUUUGUUCAACAAAGUCUAAGACUCUGGUGGAAUGUUAUGAGACAUAUGUCAUUGUUAUGGAUAAUGAAUGACAAAGACUUUUUAAGUGGAAGAAGUUAUAGUUUAGUUAAUACUGGACAAGGUUUACAAAGGCUGCAACAAUGCCCAAACGUUUCUUCUGCUAUUCAUCAAAUUCUUAGUCAAACACAAAAUACUAUGUGUGAAGGAAAAGGGUGGAGAGGAUUAAGUGUAGUUCAUUUAGGAGAUAGAGAUGUACCAAAUUGUUUAUUUUUUAUUGAUAAAUACUCACAAGUACCAUGGAUUCUUUCUCCAGUUCUUCGUACAACAAGACGUAUGUUUAGUCAUAAAGAAUUGAAACGAGUACCAACAUAUUUUGAAACUUACAGUUCAAGAAAUUGGGGACGAUGUAUUCUUCAACAUUUCUUUCAACAUGCAUUUGAUGGAAUGUUUAAAAUUAUUGUUAUUGGUGAUGCCAGUGUAGGAAAAACAUCUUUAGUUAAAAGAUAUGUUGAUAGAAAAUUUUAUAAAGAAUUAAAACCAACUAUUGGUGUUGAUAUAAAAAAUAAAACAAUAAACAUUAAUGGAGAAAAUAUAUGUCUUAGUUUUUUUGAUACUGCAGGUCAAGAAAAAUUUGCUGCUGUUACUGAUAGUUAUUUUAAAGGUGCAAAGGCAUGUAUCAUUGUGUAUGAUAUUACUAAAGCAGUUACAUUUAAUAGUGUUGAUAAAUGGUAUAAUAAACUAAGAAAUAUUGUUAGUGAUCCUAUUCCAGUUUUAAUUAUAGGGAAUAAAUUAGAUGUUGAGCAACAAAGGGAUAUUACUGCUGAUGUUGGGGCUUCUCUUGCUAGAAAACUAGGUGCUUUUUUUAUUGAAACUUCAUGUUUAAAUGGAUCUAAUGUUGACAAAGCAAUUAAAAUUAUUUCUAAUGAAAUUAGUAACAACAAAGUAGUUAAAAAUUUGAGUUUAGCUCAACCAACAAGUAUUCAUCUUGAAAAACCUGAUAUUGAACAACAAACAUCAAAACAGUGUUGCUAA